AUGGACCUGUCAACGGUCAAAGUGACCCUGGCGCUUGCGGCUACUUGGGGGAGACUGCCAAGCACGGCGACAUCCGACGUCUACGUCAAAGCGGACCAGGAGCCGCACCUCCGCAUCUUCCUGCAGAUGCCGCUCGGCAUGCCGGUCGGAUGA